CGACGUUCAUAAAUUCAAUAACAUACUAUAAGUUCUUCAAUGGUUUUAUAGAAAUUCAUCGUCCAGGACGCUCAAAAUGGAGCAGCCAGAUCAAGGUGACGAAAAACCGGCUUCGUGUGUGUCUUCUCAGGAGAAAAGGCAGUCGAUAUCGAAAGUGGACGAGUUGGACCAGCCGUCGUGCGGGUACGGAAAAUGGCGACCCGAUUGUUUACAAUGCUUUGCAGUUGGGAAGUGGUUUGUUUUUUUCGCGUGCUUGAUGACUUUGUUACAGAGUAUGGUCGGCACUGGGUACACAAGAAGUGUUGUGACCACAAUAGAGAAAAGAUUCCAGUUAAACAGUUCAACAUCGGGGUUCAUAAUAAGCUGUUACGAGAUGGGGGCUUUAUUGGUUGUAACAUUCGUCAGCUACUUCGGAGGAAAGGGACACCGACCAAAAUGGAUUGCGGUUGGUUCUUUAUUAAUGUUCUUGGGGACAUUUGUAUUCACGGUGCCUCACUUUGCCGGUACUAGAUACAUCAUAGACAGUGUAAAGAACAAAACGGGUCCGAAUGUGUGUGAACACGAAGGAAUGCGAUUAGAAAACCCGACAUCCUGUGAAGACGAUAGAAUAUCGCACUCGGUUUAUGUUUUAAUUUUUGUCGCUGCUCAACUACUUCUGGGUUUUGGAACUUCACCAAUUUUUACUCUGGGUACUACCUAUGUUGACGACAAUGUCCCUAGGAAAGACUCGGCGUUAUACAUGGGUAUUUUAUACUGCAUGGGUGCUAUUGGUCCUGCUCUUGGCUUUGUAUUUGGAGCGGCUGCACUUACCUUGUAUGUGGAUUUUGGCUCUAUAAAACAAGAAGACAUCCCUGUUGAUCCUUCUGAUGCACGUUGGGUUGGUGCGUGGUGGGCUGGCUAUGUAUUCAUAGGCAUUGCCAUUGCUGCCACCUCAAUUCCUUUGUUUGGAUUUCCUAAAAAACUUAAAAAAAUUGAGACUGAAGAAGAGCAAACAAUAAACACGAACAAUGAAGAAAGUGGUGACACUCAGAUGAAAUUUACGAGUGGAAAGUUCAGUGAUUUACCCAGGGCUGUUCUUAGUCUUUUCCUCAACCCAGUUUACAUUUGUAUAACAAUGGCUGGAGCAAUGGAAGUUGCUAUUGCCACAGGGUUUAUCACUUUUAUGCCAAAGUUUAUUGAAACACAGUAUUCAUUAUCACCAUCGUCGGCAAGCUUGCUUACAGGUACAUUGAUCCCAGGUGCAGCAGGUGGAACAGUGUUUGGUGGUUUCCUUGUAAGAAAAUUCAAUAUGAACACAUUAGGCACAGCUCGUUUGUCAAUGAUUUGUAUUUUUAUAUCAUUCCUGUGUUAUUCUGCGUUCUUCCCGCUACAUUGCAAUACUCUCAGUUUGGCUGGUGUAUCUGUUGGAUAUGAAGCCAACAUAUUUGAAAUUCAGGAGGCACCAGAAUUCUACAACGUGACUUCUGGUUGUAACUUCCAGUGCGGGUGCACAUCUGAUGCAUAUCAACCAGUCUGUGGUAUCAAUGGAAUUACAUACUUUAGUCCUUGCCACGCUGGAUGCGAACAAACAGUCAUUGGGGUCGGUGAAGAUGGAGGCUUAAUAAUGAACUUCACCAACUGUGCUUGCAUAUCGGAAUACUUUGUAAAUGAAGUUACACCAUCGGAUUAUUCCUUAACGAACUAUGCUACUUAUGGUAGAUGUGAACGUGAUUGUAGCACUGGACUGGGAUUGUUUAUGGCAGUUUUGAUAUCUGUGGUAGUUAUUACAGCUAUUACACAGAUACCAAUUAUCAUGACAACAUUAAGGUGUGUUGCGGAACCUGAGAAGCCAUUAGCUCUUGGAAUGCAAUUUGUACUGAUAAAGGCAUUAUCUUAUGUUCCUGCGCCUAUGUACUAUGGUAAAGUAAUUGACAACACCUGCAUGCUAUGGGAGACGGUAUGCGGUGAUGAAGGUUCAUGUUGGGAAUAUGACUUGGAGAGAUUUCGCUUUGUCUACCUUGGGCUGAGUUUGGGACUUAAGUUCCUGUCUCUGAUAUUUGUGACGCUGGCUUUUAUCAUCUGUAAAAAAAAAUACAACAGGAUGAACAAGAAAGAAGCACCCACUAAAGAAGAAGAAGGACAACGUAUGUCACAUAUAUCGCAAGAAUUCCAGAAUGGUGCUGCUGUGGGACACCCAGUAAAACUCAACGACUGUGUUGAUAACGAUCACCUUCUCCCAUUAGUAUACAUCCAGGCCUGUACUGACAAUGUCCCACUUCCAAGGCCACAAUCAACCAUGUCUUUUGAAAGCUCUGUUUGAUGUGGCAUCGGUAUACCAUGGUUUAUCGCUUAAUUAUGAAGCAGCCUGCUGCUGCUGCUUUUAUAAAAAAAAUCAUGAUUAGCUUCAGUAAUGCUGUGUCUUUCUCACAGGUUAUGAGCAGAUAAUCAGAAUAUGCGUUUUAGUUGGCACAAAUGAGGGGGUAUGAAAUAGUUUGAGUGUUAAUAAUACCCACUAUGCUAGUAGUUAAGCUUAGUUAAAGGCAAGCUUAGUUAAAGGCUGAUAUGUCAUUGAUCAGAAUUUCAGUACUUUUCAAUAAAGUGAUGAAUGAUGUCACAAAAGAUUACAUGUUAUUAUUAUAUGUUUGAAAUCCUGUUGUAAUGAGGGUACAUGGCUUAUGAAUAUUGUGGAGUAGAAUUAAGUUAUACAUUAAGUCAGCUAAACACUGGUGGAAUGCCAAAUUUGUUCUAUUAUUAGUGCUUGACUGGUCAAAAGAAGUUGUAUUUGAAAGCACCAGUUUGCAAUGUUUGGUUAAUAUGUACUUCUAUUUGAGCUAUGAUUCUGAUUUUCAGGGGUAGACUACCUGGCACUACCUGGCAACCUAAUAAAAAAAAAAAAAAAAAA